CAAGCUCUCGCGGACAAUCCCAACUAGGGAGGGACAGCUAUCAAAUUUCAUCCUUGGCCAUGGCGCAAACCGAUCCAAAUCCCACGUCUGAAAGCGACUCGACUUUGCUGCGGCGCAAACCAAAGUCCACGCGCUCCCAAGGAAUUACCUCUCACCGAGCUGGAAUCGCAUGGAGCUGGUUCCUGAUCACCGUCCCCAUUUCCGCGCUGACUGCUGUCUUCCUGGUACUGGUGUUUCAUUACCGGCUCACCCAUGGCGAUCCCCCGUUUCCAAAUCUGCGCUUACCCUCUGCGGAGGAUGAGAAGAAUGUGUUCUAUGUUAAUCUGAGCUCGAGCGUCAUCCUCUUCAGUACGUCCUGGGCCAGCUCCGUGGCUCCUAUGUUGUCUGGCUUUGUGCUCGUCCUUGCUUCGUUUCCCAUCGCGCGCAGAUUAUCCCGUGACAUCCAGCGCGGCCGUGCAGAUCGCUUGCCCACACCGUAUCAGCUGGCUUUGACUUUGAAGUUCAUUGAUGGCAGUCUUCUCGGUGCGAUGUGGAAUUGGAUCUGCUAUCUUCUUUCAUGGAAUAAGGGAGGUGAACGGCAGACGCCGCCUCUCAGAGCAGCGUCGGCGGUUGCUGUACUUGCAACCCUCUUAGGAUUGCUUGUCACUGCUGCCGACACUUGGCUCCACUUUACAACGACCACCGUGCCCUUCACCCGAGUAGCCCCAAUCACCGAUCACCCGGAUUACAGCUUUGGCCUAUUGCCCCAGUGUCUCAAAGGUAACAACUCUGUGGCAGCACAGCGGGGCGCCGGCCCCGUUUGCAGCGUCUCGAUAGCAGCCACAGGCUCCUUUCUGGCAAAUGGCACAGCCUCCCUCCAAGUGAUGAACAAUGUCUCCGACCAGGCGACGGUAUACACAUACGUCGACACGCACAAGACGCCCUACACGUACCUGGGGGUCCCCGAAAGCGCAUCCCUGCUCACCCGGGACUUCACAGCCAAGAGCUACGCUGCCCGCACGCAGUGCGAGCUGAUCUCGACGAAAUGUGCCUUGCAAAAUGUAGCCUCGUCGGUGAAAUUCAACUGCUCUGCUGAGUUUGCGGGGUUCAUCAACUCGCCCACUCUGCAGGUAGCGUUCUUCGAGGACGAAAGCAUGAGCAAAGAUCUCAAGGGUAAAGUGGUGUCCAACUACGGCACCGGAAAUCCGUAUUACUUCGCCCUAGCGUCCGCGGUGAACCUGUCCGGAGGGAAGACGCCCAAUUCAACUGAGUUUGUGAAAAGUCUCCAUGGCGUCCCGACCUAUGUCCUCGGCUGCAACACUACCAUCUACGAUAUCGAGUACGACCGCCUGAACAACACCGUGACGCGUUUCCAGCCCACGGUUAGCAACACCUCCAUCAGCAACAUCUGGCAGACGAGCAUUUCGCAGACACAGGACUGGUUCCCGGUUUUCCAGCAGGCUGUUGGCACAGCGAUCUUCAGCGAUACGGCGCAGGAGUUCGCGGAAAAGCCGGCGCUGGCCGCCCAGGAACGGGAGACGUUGCUGGUGGCACGCAUCCCUGCGGCGCCGCUUGUCACCAUGGUCGUGGUCUGUCUGCUGUAUGUCGUGUGCGGCUUGGUUCUUACGGGGCUCGCGGCGUGGAGUGCCCGAGAUGAAGUCCCGGAUGUGCAGGCCCGGCUUUCUAUCGCGGGUCUGGUUGCGGACCGAUUCGAGGAACCUGGUUUGCGGGGCGAUACCGACUCUGUUGAGAAGAUGUUCGCCGAGUAUGCGGGGAAAGAGAGCAAAAGGAUAGCCAUCGAGUCGGUGGAUAGAGUUGGGGUUUACAGAUAUACAACCUGUCAGAAGCCAGAGGGUUCUGCAUCUGAGUGGUGAUAAGCAUAUUCAAAGGAUGGUUUCAUGGACU